AUGACUGAGGCCGAGGUUGUUAUGCGCAACGAAUCCGGGUACAUCACCCACACGGGCAAGAAGGACUUCGGUCCGCUCGAAUUUACGGGAAAGAUUGCGGGCGGGUUGAGGCUGGACCUGAGGAGGAGGGCACCCCUCUUUUGCAGUGACUGGACAGAUGCGUUCACACCGGACAACUUUCAGAAGUCCGUGUCCUCCAUCUUGUACCUUUUCAUCGCUGCGCUUGCGCCCGCCAUCACCUUCGGGAGCCGCUUCUUGGAUGGAACCAAUGGGCAGUUUGGUGUGUUAGAGAUGAUCAUGUCGACAGCAUUGUCUGGCGUGUUAUUCUCAACCUUUGCUGGGCAGCCCUUGUCCAUCCUGGGUGCAACUGGCCCUUUCCUGGCCUACACUCUGGUGGUCUACGACCUUGCAGUAGGAAGCGACCUCGAAUUCAUGCCGUUCUAUUUCUGGACCUGCAUGUGGUGCUCGCUCUUCACCAUCCUCGUGGCCAUCUUUGACCUCUGCGCCCUCAUGAAGCACGACAUCUUUGCCGGCCUCAUUAGUUUGAUCUUCAUCAUUGAUGGUGUGAGGCCCAUCAUUGAGAACUUCACGGAGAAGAGGAUGACCCUUACGGCGGCGAUGUUCGAGGCAUUGCUCUUCCUCUACACCUUUGGCUUGGCAACCUACCUGUCCCACUUCCGCCGAACGCCGUGGCUCCUCAGGUCCAUGCGUAAUCUCAUGGCCAACUUCGCAGUGACCAUCUCACUGGUCACAGCCUCGGCGCUGGCGGCGAUCUACUCCAGCGACACAUCCCUGAGGAUGCUGAGUGUGGAUGCCGACUUCUCCCCGAACUUGGUCUUGUCUGAUGGCAGCAAGCGGCCUUGGAUCGUGAAUCCCAUGGGCAUCGAAAAGGACUUCCCCGUCUGGGCCAUUUUUUAUGCCAUUCUGCCGGCGAUUGGAUUCGCUGUGCUGGGAUAUUUGGACCAGAAUUUGACCUCCGUGAUCGUGAACCGCCCCUCCAACAAUUUGAAAAAGGGCCCCGGCUACCAUCUUGAUUUAUUUGUGAGGGGAGCGUUGACUCUCCCUGCAUGCGCUGUGCUGGGCCUGCCCCUGUCCGUGGCCUCCACGGUGCCCAGCAUCACGCAUGUCAUCUCCCUGACCACCUACGAGGUGAAGCAGCUGCCCGAGGGUGAGAUCAAACGCCCGGCAAAGGUUGUGGAGCAGCGUGCCACCAAUUUCUUGAUUCAUGUCCUCAUUGGGUGUGCGCUGUUCCUCGCCCCGGUGCUGAAGUUCCUGCCGCGGUCCGUGCUGCAGGGCGUCUUCUUCUACAUGGGCAUCGCCUCGCUGACAGGCAACAACCUCUUCGACCGUCUUUUCCUGUGGCUGAUCUGGGACUCUUCGAAGUACCCACAGUACCACUACAUCCAGAAGCUGCCCAUCAAGCGGGUGCACCUCUACACUGUCGUCCAGGUGGUUUGUUUGGCCAUCCUCUACGGUCUUAAGGCCAUCAAAGAGACUUCGGUCGUCUUCCCCUUCUUCAUGGCGUCCCUGGCCUUCAUCCGCAAGGCCAUGAGGUUCCUCUUCACCGAAGAGGAGCUGAAGCUGUUGGACAGCCUUCCUGAUGAGGACGAGGAUACUGAGGCCCGGGCUACCCGGGCCUUCGUGUGGCCAAACCCAGACCAAGCGGCACUGGCCUGA